UUCAAAGUGUAAAUUGUUUCAUUGUUUGAUUAACAUUAAGAAUGUGCUUGUUAAAUGGUUAAUCCGUUAUAUUGGAUUAGUGUAAAUUUUUGCUUCUUUUCAUCAACACAAAUAUCAUAUAAUCUAAACUUCAAUUGUAAUAAUUAAAUUUUAAUCCAGUUAUGUGAUAGUAAAAGGUGCCAAUCAAUUUUUUCUUGUUUCUUUGGACAUUUUGGACUUUAUCAUUGAAUCAUAUUCGUUAUCGUUAUCAUUAUCCUUUUCCCUAAGUGCCCUGAGGGUUUGUUUUUGUUGUUUGUGAGGAAAAAAAUUCUGGAAAAUUUUUUUGAAAAAGUAAAGUGUGUGAGAGAGAGAGAGAGAAACAAAAAGUUCUAAGAAUAAAUUUCGAGACAAAGUUUGAUAAUCGAUUUAUUCGUGAAUUGAAACUAUGAAAAUCAACUUAUAUCCUCCAUUAAUCUGUAAUCUGUUUUUCGUUUUACUGUUAAUCCAAUCAAAUGGUUUCCGGGCUGAGCAAGGUUUUAACUCAUCUAUGGGUGAGGUUAAAAUGGAGUCGAUGGUCUCGAUCACUUCCGGUUACCCCGAAAACAACAGUAGAGAAGAUGGAGAAGCGAAAGAAUCAAACGACAGUAUUGGAUCAGGUGGAGGAGAAAUGGAAGAGGAGAAGGAAGAGAAAGUGACCAUGGAGAUGAGAAUAGAAGGGAAGAAAACGAUAGUUCAGAAUCAGACGAACAAUCCACCCUCCCCACCACCACCACCACCACCUCCCCCAUCUCCUCCUUCGUCCACUCAUCAUCAUCAUCAUCGUCAACUGAAAACGGCGACAAUGAGAAUGAGGAAGAUAAAUUAAUGUCUUACAUUGAGGGUAAGAUAUUGGAAAUUGUCCCAAUCUCAGAGGUUCCAUAUGAAAGUUUCACUGAAAAUUAUCAUGAAAUAGAUCCUAAUGAUUCACAUGAUAAUGAAACAAUCUCAAAAACAACAUCGACAACCACAAUAACAAUACCAACUGAAAGGUCAACAUCAGCUGAUUUGGAGAUUGAGGAAUCAUCUUUACACCAUCAAAUCUCAAGUUUAUCAGCAGAAUCAGAUGAUGGAGACAUAAAAAGAAAUGGAAACGGAAAUGAUGAAAAAAGUAAUCAUGAUGAGACUCCUGUUGAUGUAACAGAAUCAACCUCAAAACAACAACAAGAUGAAAACAUCAAUCACAACAAUAAUACCAAUGGUAACUCUGCCCUCUCUUCAUCAGCCUCUCCUCACUUGGCCAGUUCACCGUUAUCCAAGGUAAAUGACCUGCGGACAUCGGCCAAUUCUGUUGCCGUUAAGGUUACAGAGGUCAAAAAGAAAAGUUUGGCUGCCAAAAUGAUGGAAAGACUGAGAAAGAGUGAUAAAGAUGAGUCAUGUUCUGACCAUUCCCAUCCCUCCCAUAGCCGUUAUCGGCAUCGUCGUCCCUCCUCUCUACUAUCGGAAGCUAAAGAUUUGGUUUACGUUAACGCAGGUACCGAUGAUGCCAAGAAAAAUAUUAUCGUCGUUUCCAAUGGUGGCUCAGGUGGUGGUGGUGGUUCUCAUGGUGGUCAUUCAGGGUUGAAUGGAGGUGGUUCUAGACAUCAUCAUCAUCAUCAUCUUCAAUCACAUCUUAGUCCAACCGAGCAACAGAUUCCAGGUCAUCAAGUUGUACCAAUAUUUACACCUAUUGAUGAGCAUCCUCAUCUUCAACAGCAAAAUCAAGCUCAUGGUCAACAGAUUGGUGGUCAUCACCAUCAUCAUGGCAAUGAUCCUGAAAGUCAUGGGCAAGCAUAUCCUUUAUUUCAAGAUGGCAGAGGAGGAUCAAGUGGUAAUGGUAAUGGUGGUGGUAGAGGGGAAGAAGGAAGAAGCAUUUUACCUGGAGAGACUCCGUCAAGUGCAGGUCAUCAUAUUGAUGGUCAUUUGGGUUCAUUGGGAUCAAAUAUUGGUAAUGGUGGUGGUGAUGCUAAUAGUGGGGGUGGUGGAAAUGGUGAAAUUACUGGACACCCUCAUCAUGUUCAUGGUUUAUCGGGUUCACCAGGUAAUCCAGGAAAUCUUGACUCUCCUGUUGACUCACCAUGGCCACCUCAUGUUGGCUCAUUGGUUGGACCAAAUAGUGAACCCACUGAUGCUCUUGGUCGGGGUGGUGGCGGUGGUGGAGGUCAUACUUUAACUCACCAUGAUCCAAUCACUGCCGGUGGACCAAUAUCAUCAAUAUCAGGUUCAUCUGGCCCAACAUCAGCUGAGCAUCUUCAUCAUAGAUUUCAAUCUGGAUCAUUAGGUGAACUUGUCCGAGCCGCUGGAUUGACCCUUAAUCCUCCCCGAUCAGAGCAAAUGUCACCCGAAAUCACUCCCUUCUUUGAAACAUCUAAAUCAGAUUCUCGAGGGGACACAUUGAUCAAUCCUCUUACCGGUAAUACAGCGAGUUCAUUGAAAGGAUUUUCCCUUUUAUCUGAUUCUGCAAGUUUAUCCAAUCUGAGGUCACUUUUGGGUGGCUCAUCUUCAUCCGAUUUAACCUCAAGUCUACUUGGAUCUUCACUUACCUCUGGUUCUGGUGGUUCGUCAUCCACCUCAUCAGGACCAUCUUCAGGCUCACUCAAUGAUCGUCUAUUGUCCAGCCUAUUGGAACAAUCGUCAAAAACUUCAACCCUUGACGAUCUUAAUGAGCAACUUAAUCCUCUUCAUGGUGCUGGUCAUCAUCAUGCUCUCACAGAGUUAACCUCAUCCCGAUUGGGCAGUUCAUCAGGACUUUUAGGUGAAGACAUUGGCUUUGAUGAUGCACUGAAAAGACUGACCAUGAUUGAGAUGUUAAAUAAAAAGCAAAUACCUUUGACCACCACCUUAAUUGAUGAACUACGAGGUGAACCUUCACCUCUUCACACUCUAAGUGGGGUCAAUGGUAAUCCUCUCAGUUUACUCGAUGGUGACCUGAGGAAAUUAAAGAAUCUUCAACAAUUAGCCCAAGUUCAACAAGCAAUUAAAAAAAGUCAACAAACAUCAUUAAAAGCUAAAUCAUCUUUUGAUCAAAUCGGUGGUCAGUUAGAGGAUGAUGACCAACCACAAGAUCAUCGUAGCGGAAAUAAUAAUGAAGGAAGAGCAGCAAUUUCAACAAGAUAUCGAUUAUCGGGUAAUAUCAAUGGAGCAAAUCGUGGAUCAUCAUCAAUCGAAAGUGGCCCUACCGGUGAACGUCGAAUUCGUCCAGGUCAAAAGGUGAAAACUUUAGAUGCAUUAACUAAACUUCGCCAGCAACGUGAACGUUUCCGUGACCAUUUUCGACCGUCAACCAAAAGUAAAAUGGAAGAGGAGGAAGAAGAAUACGAAGAAUCCGGAGUGGAACAUGAAGGUGAUGAAUCUCGAUCACUUCUUUUAGGAUGGAAAAAGCCUUCCCGCUCCGAAGUAGAUUCAACAAUUUUAACCGACAAUUUUCAUCACCUUAAUGGUCAGGUGAUAAAUCAUCAAAAUUACAUCCGGAUGCAAUUGAAGCCAUCAGGUCAUUAUUAACGAAAACAGGAUAGAAACGAUCAGGCUGCUGGACAGAGGUCAUCAUGAGAGCUGUUAUUUCAUCAUCAUCACCAUCAUCAUUAUUAUCAUCAUCGUCAUCAGAAUUGUAAUAACUUUGCUUUGGUGUUUACAACUCGAAACAUAAAUAAUAUGAGAAAAGAAAUAAAAAAAAAAUGAAUCACAAAUUGAUGAUAAAUUUAAAUUCUUAUCAAUUAUAUGAUUGAUAUUCUUGAGUAUUUACCUGAAGGUGGUGGAAAUUGAGGAGGAAGAAGGGGAGAAAAAGGUGAAAUUCAUCUGAGUGUGAAAAAAGUGAUACUUGAAAUGUGAAGAUAAUUUUUUCUUCUUCUCUACCUGGAAAAGAAAAGAAAAACAUUUCUUUUUGUAAACUAAUUUCAUCUUCUCAUCUUCAUCUUUACCAACCGAGCUCAUCAUCAUCUCCUUAUCAUCCUCAUCAUUGACAUGUAAUCUCCUCCCUCUUCCUCCACCCAUUGAUAUAUAUAAUCAUAUCCCACCAUCACCAUAACUGAAUGGGCUCACUGAGCACCAAGAACUUGAAAAAUUGAAGCUUCCUUUUUGUAUUCAUAUUACAGCAAAAAAAAAAUAGCUAAAUUAUUAGUAACUUUUCAAAGAUG